AUGGCGUCCUCAUCCGCCCGAUACACAUCCAUACCCAGCAGCGAAGCAGUCGACUCGAACAAUGGUUCGAUAGGCUCUUCCUCCGCCACCUCUUCCCUUAGCAACUUCGGGUAUGUCGUCUUGCGUCCGCUCCAAUCGAAUCGAUUCAGCAAUAUCGCAUCCAAAACAGGCGUAUAUGGAGCAACACUCUUCGUCUUUAUCUGCUUGGCUCUUUCCCUCCUCCUUCCCUCCUCAAUACCCUCUCCAGCAUCAGAAUCAGUAACGACACCACAAGACUUGACACCAGCUCAGAGGCGGGACCGAACACUGUCACCCACCACCUGCCGUCGCGAAUUCCCCCUCCUGUUCCCACAAUUGGACGCCAACGUAGCAGCAUGGAAAGCCAAAGGCAGCAUAUCCUACACCGAUCUCGACGAGGCAGCUCGAACCUGUGUUGAUAGAUGGGGUAUGGCUCGUGUUGUCAUCCGCGAUGGUCAACUCUAUUUGCGUCAAGUGCGUGAAGGAGGGGAAUCUCGAAUCUCUGCCCUCCUCCACUUGUUGCACACCGCCAUCAGCACCGAUCCGUCUUCCUUCUCCUCCGGCAGUGAUACGGGCAUAGAACUAGUGCUGAGCGAAGCAGAUAAAGAAGCUUCCCCCUCCUCUAACCUCAUCUGGGUUCUUAGUAAACGCGUCGACGAACCAGCAUCCAAAGGCACCUGGUUACUCCCCGACUUCGGAUUCAUCGGAUGGCCAGAAGCUGGCAUCGCAUCGUUCGACGAAUUCACCCAUCUAGGCCAACUUCAAGAUCACUUGGUCCCAUGGCACGCAAAAGGGGACAAGGCGCUAUGGAGGGGUUUAGCUAACGGCUAUGCCCCACGGAUGGAUCUUUUAGCACGAACAGAUCCGAGAAAGGUGAAGGGUGCAGAGGAAUGGGCGGAUGUCAAGCAGACAAGUUUCCACGAUGUCGGGGAGGAGUUUCAUCCCUUGAUACCGAUGCACGAACAUUGUCGUCACAAAUACCUCAUUCAAACCGAGGGAAACAGCUACUCUGGGAGGGGGAAAUUCCUUUGGAUCUGUAGAAGUGUUACAAUCUCCCACCCGCUCGAGUGGACACAGCACUUCCACCCAGCACUCAACUCUAACCCGCAAUCACCAAGGCAGAACUUUGUCGAGCUACCAGGACCCCUCUUCUCCGGUCUCGAGGAGACAAUUCGGGAGUUGCAAGAAUGGGCAUCCUAUCCAGCGAAUCAAACGCUGAAUCUUAGCGGAGCUCUAGGAGUCAAUUCUCCGCAAAAAAUAGCUGAUAAUGCAGUAGAAACACUCAGAAACAGAUACUUGACUCCCGCAGCGACAAAUUGUUACCUAAGGGCGGCACUGAAAGCGUACGAGGGGGUGUUGAAGAAAGACACUUGGCCAAUAGAAGAGAAUGCGGCGGCAUGGGAUGAGGGCGGAGUGGGCAUUCUCCCGCAAGGUGGACCAGGUGGGGGGGUUGCACCUGGUGGAGGGAAAGGGAAGGAUUUGGUGAAAGUGGGCGUGAAGGGGGACAUUGAGUAUGGAGUUUGGCUGUUGAGUGGUAGUCCGAAUUGGCCUCCAUCUCCAUCUCAGUAG